UCUCUUUCGGGCUUUGCAGGGCUCCAGCAUGGCGGACACCGGUGUGGUGGAAACGCUUCUCCAGCGGAUUGAGAAGGUGGACGGCGGCGUGGACUCCCUGGAAGUGGCGGCCAGCCUCGGGGUGGACCACCAGGUCAUCGUCGGAGCCGUAAAAAGUCUUCAAGCGCUCGGUGAUAUCAUCUCCGCGGAGCUUCGCUCCUCCAAACACUGGGAGCUGACAGAGGAGGGCAGCGAGAUAGCCGAGCAGGGCAGCCAUGAAGCCCGGGUGUUCAGCUCCAUCCCUCUGGAGGGUCUGCUUCAGGCUGAGCUCAUGAAACUCUCCUUUGGGAAGAUCGGCUUCAGUAAGGCCAUGUCCAACAAGUGGAUCCGCUUGGACAAGUCCCACGAGGGAGGGCCCAGGAUAUUCCGAACAGUGGAGAGCAUAAAAGACCAGGUCAGAGAGAGGCUGCUUCUGGUAAAGCAGGGGAACGCCGCCCAGCUGGACGAGAAGGAGAAGAAUGAGCUGAAGAAGAGGAAACUCCUCGCUGAAGUCACUGUGAAGUCUUACUGGAUCACCAAGGGGAACUCCUUCAGCACCACCGUAACCAAACAGGAGACGGAUCUCACCCCUGAGAUGAUCACCACUGGCAGCUGGAAAGAGAAGAAGUUCAAACAGUAUAACUUUGAGGCCAUGGGCGUGGCCCCGGACUGCGGCCACCUGCACCCCCUGAUGAAGGUGCGAACGCAGUUCAGGCAGAUCUUCCUGGAGAUGGGUUUCUGCGAGAUGCCGACAAACAACUACGUAGAAAGCUCUUUCUGGAACUUCGACUCUCUGUUCCAGCCUCAGCAGCACCCAGCCAGAGAUCAGCACGACACCUUCUUCUUAUCCGACCCGCCGCUCACUCGCGGAUUUCCACCGGAGUAUCUGGAGAGAGUGAAAAAGGUCCACUCAGAGGGAGGCUACGGCUCACAAGGGUACAAUUACGACUGGAAGAUAGAGGAGGCUCAGAAGAACAUCCUGCGGACCCACACUACAGCCGUCAGCGCCCGCAUGCUGUAUAAGCUGGCACAGCAGGAGAAAUUCACGCCUGUGAAGUAUUUCUCCAUCGACCGGGUGUUUAGGAACGAGACCCUGGAUGCCACCCAUCUGGCUGAGUUCAACCAGAUAGAGGGAGUGGUGGCCGACUACGGCCUGACGCUGGGGGACCUCAUGGGGGUUCUCCACCAGUUCUUCACCAAGCUAGGAAUUACCAAGCUACGCUUCAAACCAGCCUACAACCCGUACACAGAGCCCAGCAUGGAGGUGUUCAGCUACCAUGAAGGGCUGAAAAAGUGGGUAGAAGUGGGAAACUCGGGGGUCUUCCGACCAGAGAUGCUGCUGCCCAUGGGGCUCCCUGAGGACGUGUCUGUGAUCGCCUGGGGCCUUUCUCUGGAGAGGCCCACGAUGAUCAAAUACGGCAUCAACAACAUCCGGGAGCUGGUGGGACACAAGGUGAACCUGCAGAUGGUCUACGACAGCCCCAUAUGUCGCCUGGACUCCUGAGCUUCAGCCCGUCUGUGAAGCUGGUUCGUGUUUGGACUUGUUUAACCCCGACCGUGAAAACGUUCCUCGGCAGCACACAGAAUUCCCCGCCCCUCUUCUGAAGGGAGCCGUUUGGAGGAGAAGCUGAUGAAUGAGAGUCCACACCUCAUUUCAAAAGUUGCGGCUAAAUAAAGCUUUUUCUAACGACCUA